AUGAAGCUCACCACCGAGAUCACUCUCCUCACUCUGGCCAUGGGCGUCUUCGCCGAGCCCCCCACCAAGGUCGUCGCCGAGCGUGACCUGGCCACCAUCCAGGGCGUCAUCCAACAAGUCGGUAACUCACUGAAGGACCUCAACAAGGCUGUGGAGGGCUUCAACGGUGACCUCAGCGGCCUCGCCGGUGCCGCUGGCGCCUUCACCAACACCCUCAACCAGGGCACCCAGCAGGUCAUGGGCACGAGCGAGAUCACUCUCAAUGAGGCCCUUCAGCUCCAGCAGUUCGUCUCUGGACUCCAGAGCGAUGGAAACGCCCUCACCAAGAACCUCGAGAAGAAGAAGCCCGAAUUCGAGAAGGCCAGCCUUUGCGGCAUCAUCUCCUCACAAGUAGGCUCCGUUGGCGAUGGCGCCAAGAAGCUCAUCGACACUGUCGUCACAAAGGUGCCCCAGAGCGUUCAGUCCGUCGCCAGCCAACUUGCCGGCAGCUUUGCCACAACACUCUCAUCAACCCAGCAGUCUUUCGCCGCAGGAAACUGCACCAACGCAAACGGCAUGGGUGGCGGCGGCAACGGAACUUCCAACGGCACACCCAAGACUUCCUCCCCCGCCAAGGCUGGCGCCGCUACACUCUCCGUCGGCCUCGGUUCCAUCGCCGCGGCGGCGUUUGCUGUCAUGUUGCUGUAA